UGGUAUAUGUUUAUUGUGUUGCAGAUUGCAGAGCUCAGAGAGAUCGAGAUAACAUCCGUCGGAUGGAGGUGGUGUCGGGGGGAAACAUCACACUCACCUGCUCUGCUCAGCCAGGUCACCUGCGUGCUUAUCGAUGGGUGUACAUACGCACUGGAACAAAACGACCACAGGUGCUCAGCUCUGGACGUCGACUAGUGGUUGGAGAGCCAAGAAUUGCUCUAGAUUCAAAGUUUAGCAGGAUGCUGCAUAAUCUCCACUUUACAUCUCCGUGCUACCAUGAGAUAAAGAUUACAUCAGCAUCUACAGUUGUUUACAUCUGCAUUGAAAUUGCAAUAUGUAUACUGUAUAUGGUUCAUUUGAUAGCACUCAGGACUCCUACUACAGUACUGGUUCAAUCCUGUGUCAGGUAAAGUUGGUUAGUGGGGCAUAAUUGUACUGUACCAAGGUGUUGUGCCGAGUUGACCACCAGCUGUCUUGAUGUCUUGGGCUAAGACAUAAGUAGACUUUCUAACCUUAAGUUUAUCACCCCACAAAUGUUACAACAUAUUAUUACAAUGAUUUUCGAAUAUUGUAAGGUAUUAAUUGUAUUUAUGCUU